AUGCUCAACACCACAUCCCGGCUUCUCCGCCUAUCCACAUCCACAUUCACAAAGCGAACUGCAACACCCACCAUCACUACCAAAUCCUUGUCUACCUCCACCCCAAGACUCUACGCCCCAGCCCCCAAGAUGGAAGCCUUCAAGAAAGUCGGAAACCGGGAAGACGCGCCCCCCAAACAUGAAAUGGUGCAUUUCCCCGGCCUCAUGUCGGAAAAGCGGUCGUUUGGCGACUUCCGAACCGUCCUGCACACGGGUCUCUACUCGCAAAUCGUCGCCAUGGAAGUACCCGUCAACGGCGAGAUUGGCGACGAAGUCCACACCGUCGACCAGAUCCUCUUGUUUACCUCGGGAAAGGGCCUUGCGACGGUGAAUGGCAAGGAUCAGGAGGUCAAGGCGGGUGAUGUCGUUGUUGUGCCGGCUGGCACACAGCAUCAGUUUGUUACAAAGGGGGAUCAGCCGCUGGAGUUGAUUACCGUGUAUGCGCCUGCGGAGCAUUUGCCGAGUAGUGUGCAUAAGACCAAGGAGGAGGGGGAUAAGGCCGAGGAGGAUGAGAUUGAUGAGGCGCCCGAGUGGGCGUUGAAACCCAAGGCUGAGAAUGAGAAGAAUGGGCUGGUCAAGGAGAGUGGGAAGUAUUAA